ACACCCACCAUCAGACGUGCGUUUAACAUUUCCGCAGUUCGUGCUAGAAGAGGAGGAACACCACAGUGGCCUCUGGUCGGUCGCAGCCGAACCCCGCGAUAUUAGCGUAAUGUCGAGGUUCCUGCUCGGAGCAAACACACGGAGAUGCGUGGUCUCUCAAAUAAGACGCGCGUCUGAUCAGCUUGGCGAGUUGGGCCAGGGCGCAGGCAAAGGUGGAGGCGGAGGAGGCUCCGUGAGGGCGGCUGGGGGCGCGUUUGGAAAGCGAGAAGUGGCAGAAGAGGAGCGGUACUUCAGGCAGAAGGAGAAGGAGCAGAUGGAGGCACUGAGGAAGCAUCAUGUGGAGGAGAUUGAUCACCACAAAAAGGAGAUUGAGCGCCUACAAAAGGAGAUUGACCGUCACAAGGGCAAAAUAAGAAAGCUGAACCAUGACGACUAACACUAAUUUUGCCUUCCAAUCCAUCUGAUUGCCCAGUCAAUCAAAAUCUACAUUUUGAUUUAUUUACUGCUUGUCAAGGCCGGUCCUGAAUACACGUUAUACCAAUAAAACAAUAAAACUCUUA